CCAUGGCAGGGGCUAGGACUUACAGCUGGCUUGUUUAUGAUAUGGUAGAGAGGGUAAAAAUGGUCGAAGCGGAGUAGGCUAAUGGCCGUCAAAUAAUGAGUAGCCGCAAAAGGCAUAUUCAUUGCUGAGGAGGAGAUACACUGUGAGAUGGAAUAUAUUAGUGAGUGUCAUUCACCCUGGCAAGCUACUACUAGGGCAUUGCCUCAGCAUCUGAGCAGAGGAUGAACCGGAGGAAAGGCAGCAAGGGGGCAGGGGACUGUGACAGCCUCCAGAUGGAGAGCAAGGCCCCUGAGCAGACACCUAACAUGGGGCAGAAGAAUGGAGAGAUCAUGGACUCUGAAGAGGUGGAGAAUGGCAAGUCUGAACCCAUAGUCCCUGUGGCCAUGGAUGGGGCCGUCACUGCACCUGAUGGGGGUUGGGGCUGGGUGGUGUUGGUGGCCACCAUCCUGGUGCUAGCCCUGACUCUGGGCUUCCCCUCCUGCAUGGGAAUUUUCUACACGGACCUACAGAUGGAGUUCCAGGCCAGCAACCAAGAGACUUCCUGGGUGCCUUCAAUAAUGACAUCAGUGCUUCAUGCUGGAGGUCCAUUCUGCAGUGUAUUGGUGGAGAGGUUUGGUUGCCGGACGACGGUGAUGCUGGGCGGGGUCUUGAGUGGGCUUGGAAUGGCGGCCAGCUCGUUUACCCACACCAUCACUGAGCUCUACGUCACAGCUGGGGUUAUCACAGGACUUGGAUUCUGCUUCAGCUUCCAGCCCGCAGUGACCAUUCUCGGGCACUAUUUUGUGCGGCGGCGGGCUUUCGCCAACGCAGUGUCGUCCUCGGGCACUGCCCUGGGCUUGUGCACCCUGCCUCUCCUGGGCAACUACCUCCACACUGAGCUGGGCUGGCGGGGGAGCUUUCUGGUGCUGGGGGCCGUCCUGCUCAACUGCUGCGUGUGCGGAGCUGUGAUGAGGCCCCUAUGGGGCCGCAGACACCGUGGCCAGCCCCUGAUGAACCACAGGCCUCUUCAGCCGGAGGAGGAGAAGCCAACGGGGAGGAUGAGGGCCUUGUGGGCCGGUCUGACGUCCGCCCUGCACCAUCACAUGGCAUUUGACCUCUUACGUAACAACCUGCGGUACCGUUUGUACGCUGUGGGCAUCACCUGGAUGAUGCUUGGCUUCGUGGUGCCGCUGAUCUACCUGGUGCCCUACGCCACGGCCCACGACAUGGAGCAGAGCCGGGCCGCCCUCCUCCUCUCCAUCCUGGGUAUCGUCAACAUCGUGGUGCGGCCGCCCAUUGGCCUGCUCUUCAGCCUACCCUGGUUCAAGGGGCGCCACAUCUACGUGUUCUCUGCUGCUCUGCUGAUGAAUGGGCUGAGUAAUAGUAUCUGCUGUAUCGAUGCCAGCUUCUCCGUGCUGUUGGUGUAUGUGGUGACCUACGGCCUGUCCAUGAGCGUGGUGGGUUCGCUGAUGUUCACCGUCCUCAUGGAUACGUUGGACAUGAGUCGCUUCCCAGCUGCCCUGGGCCUGCUCGCCAUCAUGGAGAGUGUCACGCUGCUGAUCGGGCCCCCGCUCGCAGGAAUCAUGGUGGACAGAACUGGGGAGUAUUUUUACGUCUUCUUCGCCUGCAGUGCUACUGUUGCCUCAUCAGCUGUAUUCCUCAUGGUGUCUUUCUACUGGCUGGAUAGAAGGGUGCUAAAGGGGCAGCAGGUGCCACCUCAGGUUUCCCCACCAAAGCCUGCCAGUGUUAACAACGUGGUCUCCCAGUGCCAAUACAGCAGUGUGCCCACAAAGGGGGACAAAGACAAGGCCUCAGACUCUGAGACGGGGGAUGCCGCCCGCCUGUGAACAGCGUCACUGUCCAAAUACAUACACCAAACUCACAGAUGUAUACUUCCCACGAUUCUGUGAUUGUAUAUCAUGUGCUGCUGAUCUUAAAGUACAAGUGUAUGAUACUGUUAUUGGUGAUCAAAUGCAGUACUUUUUCACACAUGCCAUAAUCCAUAAACUUGUGCCUUUUCCUCACACCCUGUUACACAUUCAUCAAUGUCAUGUUCAAGAAGACAUGCCACCUUAGGAAUCCCUCUCCACCCUUCAACAAGCAAGACUGUGCAAAAAAUAGAUGUGCCUUGUACAUGGAAUCAAUCAAAAUAAACAUUUAGUAUCUGUA